CUAAGGCUCAGGCCCCUACCCCACCCCUGAUAAAUACAAGAAUGCUUGGGAGCAGGGAGGGGAAGAGUUGAGAGAGUGUCUGUGACAAGGUGACCAGACAGUAAUUGGAGAAGAGAGCCUGCUGGGAGGGAAGGGCCCACAGGCCGGGAGGACUCGCCAUCGCCCGCAGGCUGCGGGUGUGCACCAGGCAGCAUGCGCUCCAGGGUUCACCCCGUGCUGCUGCUGCUUCUCGCGCUGCUGAUGCUGGUCAGCACUAUCAACAGUACCCGACAAGAAAACGAUGAUCUUACUAAUCAAACAAAGGGAGACAGUCGGCUUCUACGGCGAUCCAAGAGAAGAUGGGUUAUUACCACCUUGGAGCUGGAAGAGGAAGACCCGGGACCCUUCCCGAAAUUUGUGGGUGAGCUGUUCAAUAAUAUGUCUGCUAACAUGGAAAUAAUAUAUUUAAUCAGAGGACCUGGUGUGGAUGAAUAUCCAGAGAUUGGUUUGUUUUCUAUAGAAGAUAAUGUGAAUGGGAAAAUAUAUGUUCACCGCCCUGUUGAUCGAGAGAAAACACCAUCUUUUAAGGUUUAUUUUGAUGUUGCCAAUCGCUUAACAGGACACAUCGUGGAUAAAUCCUUGAUUAUCAACAUAAGGAUCAAGGAUGUGAAUGAUCAUGCUCCUGAGUUCCCUGAGAAGGAAUUUAACAUCAGUGUGAAGGAGGACCACGCUGCAGGUGUGCAAGGUCAACCUGUUUUUCAGAUGUCAGCAGUGGAUCUGGAUCAAGAAAAUACUCCAAACUCUCAAGUGCUUUACUUCCUUGUUUCUCAAACACCAGUACUGAGAGAGAGUGGUUUCCGGAUUGACCGUGUUAGUGGAGAAGUGCGACUGUCAGGAUGCUUAGAUUAUGAGACGGCGCCUCGGUUUACACUACUCAUUGAAGCGAAGGAUUGCGGCAACCCGCCGCUGUCAUCCACAGCCACUGUUCAUGUGCACGUGCAAGACAGCAACAACCACAUGCCCAGGUUCACCCAGGACCACUAUGACGUUCAGAUUUCGGAAGGCUGGGCCAGCCAGGGUGUGUUACGUCUUGGGGUUCAAGAUGGUGAUUCACCAUCUACAGCAGCAUGGAGAGUGAAGUUCAACAUAACGAAUGGCAACGAAGAGGGACAUUUUCACAUUCCAACAGAUCCUGAGACCAAUGAAGGGAUUUUAAAUAUUAUCAAGCCUUUGGACCAUGAGACUCAGGCAGAGUGGAACCUGGUUGUGGCUGUGGAGAACGAAGAGCCACUCUUCUUGUGCGAGGGUGGGCAGCUGCAGAGGCCCCGGCAGGCCUCGGCCAGCGCCACCGUGAGUGUGCGGGUGACCAAUGUCAACGACCCGCCCACCUUCCACCCAGGGACCUUCAUCGUCAGUGAGGUCGAUGGCGCAGGGCCGGGGACUCAGCUGGGAAUGUUCAACGCUACAGAUCCAGAUAGAACCGCCGGCCAGAUAAGAUACAAACUGGCUUAUGAUCCCGCAAACUGGGUCAGCAUAGAUGAGCGCUCUGGGGUGGUCAUCACCGUGAAGCCGGUUGACCGCGAAUCUCCUCAUGUCAAUGACAGCAUUUACGUAAUCAUCGCUCAUGCUGUUGAUGAUGGUGUCCCUCCGCAGACUGGAACGGGGACCAUGCUGCUCUUCCUGUCAGACGUCAACGACAACGCUCCCACGCUCCGCCUGAGCUCUCAGCACCUGGAGGUCUGUCAGUCUGCAGGAGACAAGCCCCUCCUCAUCGAGGCGGAGGACAGCGACCUAGAGCCCUACUCCGACCCGUUCACCUUCAAACUGGACAGCACGUGGGGAGACACAGAAGACAUGUGGAGACUGGGGGAAAACAGGGGUUAUUCAGUGGAACUUCUAAUGCAGAGAAGCCUUCCACUUGGUGAUUACUCUGUGCCGCUUGUCAUCGGAGACAAACAGGGACUUUCCCAGAAGCAGACUGUCCACGUGAGGGUCUGCUCCUGUCCCGAUGGAUUCACCUGUGCGGAGCCCCUUGUCGCGAGAGCUGGAGUCCUGCAGGGCGCCCUGGCCCCUCUCUGUGUAGCAUUCAUGGCUCUGGCAGCCGCUCUGCUCCUCCUGCUGCGAUGCCGCCUCGUGUCCGAAGCCAACAGGCAGGGUCCCUCUGUGCCACAGGAUGAGGGGAUCCAGACCCUGAUCGCGUGGAACGAGGAGAGCAGAGCCGAUCCUCUCCAGGGAAGGUCAUACCUCAGGGAUCACAUGCCAGCCCUGUCCAUCAGCACAGCUGAGGUGGGCGCCAAGCUGGGAGCUAAGGGUCAUGGUGUGUUUUUUGAACCAAGUGUGAGAAACAAAUACUCUACUCCUGUUUGCCUCGAUACCGUGGUGCCCAGAGGACCCCUGGAAAUGAGAGCAGCAGUGAUGGCAAAGGUGCUGAGUCAGCUCUGUGGCACCCGCGACCCCGAGGGUGAUCCUGGCUACCCACCUCACGUCUACGCAGAGGAGGGCGAGUAUGAGCAAGCAGACAGCCUCAGCUCUCUCACCUUCUCUGAACAUGACCUACCGCCCGACGUGCUGGACUCUUUGGGGCCAAAGGCUGCUCCACUAGAAGAAAUAUAUUCUCAGUCAGCCUUUCGUUCCUAAAAAAUGCAUAGUUCGGUGAAUUGGAAUAAUUCACAAGGGGAAAUCACUAUUCUAGAAUGCCUUUUUCCUUUUGUUUUUUAAAAAUUACCUUCUAGUUCUAACAGAAUGAGGGUAAACUGAGUCUGGAUUAAAUGAUUGGACAUUCUGGGACAUCUUGAACCAAAACAAAAUAGCCGGUCAUACUUAAAAAAAUUUUUUUUCAACUCUUUUUUUUUUUUUUUUUUUUGCAUCCUAUUUUUUAUUAUUAUUCUUCAGAAAUUUUCAGACUUUCUCAUGUGGUUAUUCUGGUUUCUUUUUUUAUUUUAUUUUUUAACUUUACAAAAUUUGUCAGGCAUAUUUUCUAGAGAAAUUUGAAUUUAAUUGUGUAAUUCCUUGCUUCCAUGAGCAGCCCAACUCUGAGAAUAAAUGAAAUAUAAUCCACAGAUUACCCCAGUUAUUUGAGAACAACAGAUAAUGCUGGGGAAAACAACAGGUAAAACUGGGAGAAGAUUUUUAAGUGCUUACUUAAAUUUAUUUAUUAUGGUUCUGCUUCAGUUUAAGUGAAAAAUAAUAGGGUAAUAUUUUGUAGAAUAUUUGCAAUUAGUAUUUUUAGUGAUUUUUAAAAAUAUAUUAAUCCCAUUGCACUUUUUGAGUAGAUAAAUAGAUAAAAUUUAUUACCAUAAGAGAAAUAAUUAAAACUUAAAACUUUAUGAGUGGUAAAUAUUAAAAAAAACUGACAUAAUUUAACUUGCACAUACUAUGUAAUUAAAAUAACUUAGGAGCC